GGGAGCGUGCCCGCGGGGACUGGCGGGGACUUGUCGCGCAUGCGCAAGGCGGGUGCCGGCAUUAUGGAGGACGCAGGAGCCGGCAUACGCAAAUGGCUACUGCAGCUGCAGGAGUUCGUGUCGGCGGCGGACCGCUGCAGCGCUGCCGGCGCCAGUUACCAGCUGAUCCGUGGCCUGGGGCAGGAGUGCGUGCUGAGCACCAGCUCCGCAGUGCUGGCACUGCAGGUUUCCUUAGUAUUUUCCAGAGAGUUUGGUUUGCUUGUAUUUGUCCGGAAAUCACUUAGCAUUGAUGAAUUUCGUGAUUGUAGAGAAGAAGUCCUAAAAUUUUUGUAUGUCUUCUUAGAGAAAAUUGACCAGAAGGUCAUGCAUUAUUCUCUUGAUAUCAAGAAUAUGUGUACCAGUGUUUAUACAAAAGAUAGAACUGCUAAGUGUAAAAUUUCAGCCCUAGACCUUCUGAUUAAGUUACUUAAGAUACUGAGAAGUUCUAGACUCAUGGAUGAAUUUAAGAUUGGAGAAUUAUUUAACAAGUUCUAUGGAGAACUUGCAUCAAAAACAAAACUACCUGAUACAGUUUUAGAAAAAGUCUAUGAGCUACUGGGAGUAUUAGGCGAAGUUCAUCCUAGUGAAAUGAUAAAUCAUUCAGAAAACCUGUUCCGGGCUUUUCUGGGAGAGCUUAAGACCCAGAUGACAUCAACAGUAAGAGAACCUAAAUUUCCUGUUCUAGCUGGCUGUCUAAAAGGGCUGUCCUCACUUCUGUGCAACUUCACUAAGUCCAUGGAAGAAGAUCCCCAGACUUCAAGGGAGAUCUUUGGUUUUGCAUUAAAAGCAAUUCGUCCUCAGAUCGAGAUGAAGCGCUAUGCUGUGCCCUUGGCUGGCCUACGAUUAUUUACCCUACAUGCAUCUCAAUUUACUGCCUGUCUUCUGGACAACUAUAUUACUUUAUUUGAAGUACUGUCAAAGUGGUGCAGCCAUACAAAUGUGGAAUUAAAGAAAGCUGCACAUUCAGCCCUGGAAUCCUUCCUGAAGCAGAUUUCAUUCACUGUGGCAGAAGAUGCAGAACUGCAUAAGAGUCAGUUGAUGUACUUUAUGGAGGAGUUCUAUAAAAUCAUCAGAAAUGCAGAUUCGAACAACAAGGAGUUAUCCAUUGCUAUUCGUGGAUAUGGACUAUUUGCGGGACCUUGCAAAGUAAUAAAUGCAAAAGAUGUUGAUAUCAUGUAUGUCGAGCUCAUUCAGCGCUGUAAGCAGAUGUUCCUCACCCAGACAGAAGCUACUGAAGAUCAUGUUUACCAGAUGCCAAGUUUCCUGCAGUCUAUUGCAAGUGUUCUGCUUUACCUUGACACAGUUCCCGAGGUAUAUACUCCAGUUCUUGAACAUCUCAUGGUGGUACAGAUAGAAAACUUCCCUCAUUACAGUCCUAAAAUGCAGUUGGUGUGUUGUAAAGCAAUAGUAAAAGUUUUCCUAGCCUUAGCAGAAAAAGGACCAGUUCACUGGAAUUGCAUUAGUACUGUGGUGCAUCAAGGUUUAAUUAGAAUAUGUUCUAAACCAGUGGUCCUUCACAAGGAUGUUGAGUCCAAGUCUGAUAACCAGUGGGCCUCAGGGGAAGUCAGAACGGGCAAGUGGAAAGUGCCCACAUACAAAGAUUAUGUGGAUCUUUUUCGGCAUCUUUUAAGCUGUGACCAGAUGAUGGAUUUUAUUUUAGCAGAUGAAACAUUUCUCUUUAUGAAUUCCUCCCUCCAAAGUCUGAAUCAUUUACUCUAUGAUGAAUUUAUAAGAUCAGUUUUGAAGAUUAUGGAAAAAUUGGAUCUUACACUGGAGAAACAGACUGUUGAAGAGCAUGAGAAUGGAAGCACUACUGGUGUUUGGGUGAUACCAACUUCAGAUCCAGCUGCUAAUUUGCACCCUGCUAAACCAAAAGAUUUUUCAGCCUUCAUUAACCUGGUAGAGUUUUGCAGGGAGAUUCUUCCUAAGAAACAAAUACGAUAUUUUGAGCCAUGGGUAUACUCAUUUGGAUAUGAGUUGAUUUUACAGUCUACACGAUUGCCACUCAUCAGUGGUUUCUACAAAUUACUUUCUAUUGCAGUGAGAAAUGCCAGGAAAAUAAAAUAUUUUGAGGGAGUUAGCCCAAAGAGUCCGAAGCAUUCUCCUGAAGAUCCAGAAAAGUAUUCUUGCUUUGCUUUAUUUGCAAAAUUUGGCAAAGAGGUGUCAGUUAAGAUGAAGCAAUACCAAGAUGAGCUUUUGGCCUCAUGUUUAACCUUUGUUCUGUCUUUGCCACAUGACAUCAUUGAACUUGAUGUUAGAGCCUAUGUUCCUGCACUGCAGAUGGCUUUCAAGCUGGGCCUGAGCCAUAUGCCUCUUGCAGAAAUAGGUCUUCGUGCCCUGGAAGAAUGGUCAGUUCACAUUGAUAAGUCUAUAAUGCAGCCUUACUACAAAGACAUUCUUCCCUGUCUUGAUGGAUACCUGAAAACUUCAAUCUUGUCAGAUGAAACCAAGAGCCACUGGGAAGUAUCAGCACUUUCUCGGGCUGCCCAGAAGGGAUUUAACAGAAAUGUAUUGAAGCAUCUGAAAAGGACAACAAAUACUUCACCAGAUGAAGCACUAUCUUUAGAAGAAGUAAGAAUUAGAGUAGUACAAAUUCUGGGAUCUCUAGGAGGACAAAUAAACAAAAAUCUUCUAACAACUGCAUCAGGAGAAAGGAUGAAGAAGUAUGUGGCCUGGGACAGGGAGAAGAGACUCAGCUUUGCGGUACCUUUCAGGGAGAUGAAGCCUGUCAUCUAUCUGGAUGUCUUCCUGCCUCGUGUCACUGAAUUGGCUCUUUCUGCUAGUGACCGACAAACUAAAGUGGCAGCUUGUGAACUGUUACACAGCAUGGUUGUGUUCAUGUUGGGAAGAGCCACUCAGAUGCCUGAAGGUCAGGGCUGUCCUCCCAUGUACCAGCUCUAUAAGCACACCUUUCCUGUGCUGCUUCAGCUUGCAUGUGACGUGGACCAAGUGACAAGGCAGCUCUAUGAACCGCUUGUUUUGCAGCUGAUUCACUGGUUUACUAACAAUAAGAAAUUUGAAAGUCAAGAUACUGUUGCUUUACUAGAAACCAUACUGGAUGGUAUUGUAGACCCCGUUGACAGUACUUUAAGAGAUUUUUGUGGAUGCUGCAUCCGAGAAUUCCUCAAAUGGUCCAUUAAGCAGACAACACCUCAGCAGCAAGACAAGAGCCCGGUAAACAGCAAGUCACUUUUCAAGCGGCUCUAUAGCCUUGCACUUCAUCCUAAUGCUUUCAAGAGGCUAGGCGCAGCACUUGCUUUUAAUCACAUCUACAAGGAAUUCAGGGAAGAAGAAUCCCUGGUAGAACAGUUUGUGUUUGAAGCCUUAGUGACAUACAUGGAAAGUCUGGCAUUGGCACAUGCAGAUGAGAAAUCCUUAGGUACAAUUCAGCAGUGCUGUGAUGCCAUUGAUCACCUAAGACGCAUCAUUGAAAAGAAGCACGUUUCUUUAAACAAAUCAAAAAAACGACGGCGACCACAGGGAUUUCCACCGAUGGCAUCAUUGUGUUUAUUGGAUCUAGUCAAGUGGCUUUUAGCUCACUGUGGAAGGCCUCAAACAGAAUGUCGACACAAGUCCAUAGAACUCUUUUAUAAAUUUGUUCCUUUACUGCCAGGCAACAAAUCCCCUUCUUUAUGGUUGAAAGAUCUUAUAAAAACAGAAGAUAUUUCUUUUCUCAUAAACACAUUUGAAGGAGGGGAUAGCAGCUGUGAUCAGCCAGCAGGCAUUCUUGCUCAGCCAACUCUCUUCCAUUUGCAAGGGACAGUCAGCCUGCGAGCAGUCCUGCAGUGGCUGGACAUGCUCCUUGCAGCACUGGAAUGCUACAACACAUUCAUUGAGGAGAAGACUGUGGAAGCACAAGAGGUCCUUGGUACUGAAACACAGUCUUCACUUUUGAAGUCAGUGGCUUUCUUUUUAGAAAGCCUAGCAACACAUGAUGCUAAAGCAGUAGUGCAGUGCUUUGGCACAGGGGUGGCAACUGGCCCUCCCAGCCUACAAGAGGAAGAAAAAUACAACUACAGCAAAUGCACAGUAUUAGUCCGGAUUAUGGAAUUUACCACAACCCUGCUCAGUACCUCUCCAGAUGUUUGCAAGCUCCUGGAGAAGGACUUGUGUAACACAAACCUUAUGAAAGUCUUAGUGAAAAUGCUUUGUGAGCCCACAAGCUUAGGUUUCAACGUUGGCGAUGUCCAGGUUAUAAACCAUCUUCCCAGCAUUUGUGUGAACCUGCUGAAAGCACUAAAGAAGUCCCCAUACAGAGACAUGCUGGAGACUCACCUGAAGGAGAAAGUGACAGUGCAGAGUGUUGAAGAGCUCUGUGCCAUUAACUUGUGUAGCUCUGAUGCUCGCCGAGAAAGGACCAAGUUGCUGUCUGUCUUAUCUGCCUGUAAACAGCUUCACAAAGCUGGCUUCUCUCAUGUUAUAUCACCAUCUCAGUCUACAGCAUUGAAUAAUUCCAUUGGUAUGAGACUGCUCUCUUUGGUUUAUAAAGGCAUUGCACCUUCAGAGGAAAGGCAGUGCCUGCAAUCGUUGGACCCCAGCUGUAUGAGCCUGGCCAAUGGACUCCUGGAGUUAGCCUUUUACUACGAAGGACUGUGUGAGCACCUUGUGAAUUUGCUGCUGAAUUCAGCACUGUUGUCUACGAAGUAUUUGGGCAGUUUACAGAGAAAUAUCAGCUUCUCCCAUGGGGAAUAUUUCUAUAGCUUGUUCUCAGAAAUAAUCAACAGUGAACUAUUGAAAAAUCUUGAUAUUGCUGUAUCAGAGCUCAUGAAGUCAUCAGCAGAUAAUCCCAAAAUGGUGAGUACUGUUUUAAAUGGUAUGUUAGAUCAGAGCUUCAGGGAUCGGGCUGUUCAGAAACACCACGGACUGAAGCUUGCAGCUGCAAUUCUGCAAAACUGGAGGAAGUGUGAUUCCUGGUGGGCUACAGAUUCUGCUCCAGAAAGCAAAAUGACAGUUCUGUCCUUACUGGCAAAAAUGUUGCAGAUUGAUUCGACUUUAUCUUUUGACACAAAUCACAGCUCAUUUCCUGAGAUCUUCACAACAUAUGCUAGUCUACUUGCUGAUACAAAGUUGGGUCUACACUUAAAGGGCCAAGCUAUUAUUCUUCUUCCAUUCUUCACCAGCCUGACUGAAGACAGUCUAGAAAACCUAAAACAAAUUCUGGAAAAGCUCAUUGUUUCUAAUUUCCCCAUGAAGUCUGAUGAAUUUCCCCCUGAUUCUCUAAAGUACAAUAAUUAUGUGGACUGCAUGAAAAAGUUUCUAGAUGCAUUGGAAUUAUCUCAGAGUCCUAUGUUACUUCAGUUAAUGACAGAUGUUCUUUGUCGGGAACAGCAACAUAUUAUGGAAGAAUUAUUUCAAACCACUUUCAAAAGGAUUGCUAAGCGGAGUCCAUAUGUCACACAAUUAAACCUUCUGCAAAGCGUGUAUACAAUGUUCCGGAAGGAUGACCUACCUUCAAAUGUUACUCGCCAAGCAUUUGUAGAUCGUUCUCUCCUCACCUUACUGUGGCACUGUGACUUGGACACAUUGAAAGAGUUCUUUAGCAGAAUUGUGGUGGAUGCCAUUGAUGUGUUGAAGUCCAGAUUUAUAAAGGUAAAUGAAUUUACCUUUGACACACAAAUCACCAAGAAGAUGUGCUAUUACAAGAUGCUAGCUGUGAUGUAUUCUCGUCUUUCAAAAGAUGAUGUUCACUCUAAAGAAUCUAAAAUUAAUCAAGCUUUCCAUGGCUCCUCUGUUACAGAAGGAAAUGAACUUACAAAGAUACUUCUUAAGUCAUGCCAUGAUGCCUUUACAGAGAACAUGGCAGGGGAGAGCCAGUUGCUGGAGAAGAGAAGACUUUAUCAUUGUGCUGCAUACAACUGUGCCAUUUCUGUGAUAUGCUGUGUCUUCAAUGAGUUGAAAUUUUAUCAAGGUUUCCUGUUUAGUGAAAAACCAGAAAAGAACUUGUUAAUUUUUGAAAAUUUGAUAGACCUGAAGCGUUGCUACACAUUUCCUAUAGAAGUCGAGGUUCCUAUGGAAAGGAAGAAAAAGUACAUUGAAAUUAGGAAAGAGGCCAGGGAUGCGGCAAAUGGGGUUUCAGGCAGUCCUCAUUAUAUGUCUUCAUUGUCAUAUUUGGCAGACAGUAGCCUAAGUGAAGAAAUGAGUCAAUUUGAUUUCUCAACUGGAGUUCAGAGCUAUUCGUAUAGCUCUCAAGAUCAUAAACCUACCACUGGCCAUUUUCAGAGACGGGAACAUCAAGAUCCCAUGACCCAAGGUGACAUCCUGGAGUUAGAAAUGGAUGAACUUAACCAACAUGAAUGCAUGGCUACCAUGACAGCCCUGAUUAAGCACAUGCAGAAAAAUCUGAUUACACCUAGUAGAGAAGAGGAUUCAAAACCAAAAGAUCUUCCUCCUUGGAUGAAAUUUCUUCAUGACAAACUAGGAAAUCCAUUGGUAUCUUUAAAUAUCCGUCUCUUCUUAGCCAAACUUGUUAUUAAUACAGAAGAGGUCUUUCGCCCUUACGCAAAGCACUGGCUCAGCCCUUUGCUACAGCUGGCUGUUUCCCAGAACAACGGAGAAGGAAUUCACUUCAUGGUGGUAGAAAUAGUAGCUACUGUUCUCUCUUGGACAGCCUUGGCUACACCUACAGGGGUCCCUAAAGAUGAAGUGUUAGCAAAUCGAUUGCUUUAUUUUCUAAUGGAACAUGUCUUCCAUCCCAAAAGAGCUGUGUUUAGACACAACCUUGAAAUUAUUAAAACCCUUGUCGAAUGCUGGAAGGAGUGUCUUUCCAUCCCUUACAGGUUAAUAUUUGAAAAAUUUUCCCACAAGGACCCUAAUUCUAAAGACAAUUCUGUAGGAAUUCAAUUAUUGGGCAUUGUAAUAGCUAAUGACUUGCCUCCCUAUGACCCCAAGUGUGACAUAGUGAGUACCAAAUAUUUUGAAGCUUUAGUCAAUAACAUGUCCUUUGUGAAGUAUAAAGAGGUAUAUGCAGCUGCAGCGGAAGUUCUAGGACUUAUUCUUCAGCAUGUUACUGAGAGGAAACACGUGAUAGCAGAGUCAGUAUGUGAACUGGUGGUAAAGCAACUAAAGCAACAUCAAAAUACUAUGGAAGACAAAUUUAUUGUGUGCUUAAACAAAGUAGUGAAGGGCUUCCCGCCUCUUGCUGACAGUUUCUUGAAUGCUGUGUUCUUUCUGCUGCCAAAAUUUCACGGAGUGAUGAAGACACUUUGCCUGGAAGUUGUGCUUUGUCGUGCAGAGACAACUACAGGCCUGUACUUACAGUUAAAGAGUAAGGACUUUCUCCAAGUCAUGAGACAUAGAGAUGAUGAAAGACAAAAGGUGUGUUUGGAUAUAGUUUAUAAGAUGAUGGCAGAAUUAAAACCAGUAGAACUUCGAGAACUUCUGAAUCCUGUUGUGGAAUUUGUUUCCCAUCCUUCUCCAACGUGUAGAGAACAAAUGUAUAAUAUUCUUAUGUGGAUUCAUGACAAUUACAGAGAUCCAGAAAGUCAAAUGGAUCAAGACUCCCAGGAAAUAUUUAAAUUGGCAAAAGAUGUGCUGAUUCAAGGACUGGUUGAUGAGAACCCUGGACUCCAAUUAAUUAUUCGGAAUUUCUGGAGUCAUGAAACCAGAUUACCAUCCAAUACAUUGGACCGAUUGUUGGCAUUAAAUUCUUUAUAUUCUCCUAAAAUAGAAGUCCACUUUUUAAGUUUAGCAACAAAUUUUCUGCUUGAAAUGACCAGGUUGAGCCCAGAUUAUCUAAACCCAAUCUUUGAGCAUCCUCUGUCAGAAUGUGAAUUUCAGGAAUAUACCAUAGAUCCUGACUGGCGUUUUCGAAGUACUGUGCUUACUCCAAUGUUUAUUGAGACCCAGGCCUCUCCUAGUGUUCUCCAUACCCAAGCCCAGGAAGGGUCCCUCUCAGACCAAAGGCAGAAGUCUGGGCAAGUGCGGGCCACCCAACAGCUGUAUGAUUUCACCCCGACACAAACCAUAGUUGAAAGGAGCUCAUUCGAUUGGCUGACUGGGAGCAGCGUUGACCCAUUGGCAGAUCACACACUCUUCCCGUCAGAAUCCUCUUCUUCCUCCUUGCUGUUUGCUCACAAGAGGAGUGAAAAGUCACAGAGAAUAUCCUGGAAGUCAGUAGGACCUGACUUUGGGAUAAAAAAGCUGGGCCUUCCUGGUGAUGAGGUAGAUAACCAAGCAAAAAGUGACACUCACAACCGGGCAGAAAUUCUGAGGUUACGCAGACGAUUUUUAAAGGACCGAGAAAAACUCAGUCUGCUGUAUGCCAAAAAGAGCCUCGUGGAACAAAAACUAGAGAAGGAUAUCAAGAGUGAGUUAAAAACGAAGCAGGAUGCCCAGGUUGUCCUCUACAGAAGUUAUCGUCAUGGCGACCUUCCUGACAUCCAGAUCCCGCACAGCAGUCUGAUCACCCCCUUGCAGGCUGUAGCCCAGAAAGACCCAAUAAUUGCAAAACAACUCUUCAGCAGCUUGUUUUCUGGGAUUUUGAAAGAAAUGAGUAAAUUUAAGACAACAUCAGAAAAAAACAUCAUCACUCAAAAUUUACUCCAAGACUUCAACCGUUUCCUUAAUACCACUUUCUUAUUCUUUCCACCCUUUGUCUCUUGCAUCCAGGAAAUCAGUUGCCAAUACCCAGACUUGCUGAGUCUUGACCCAGCUGCUGUUCGAGUGGGCUGCCUGGCCAGUCUGCAGCAGCCUGGAGGUAUCCGUCUUCUGGAAGAGGCACUACUCCACCUGGUGCCGGAAGAGCCACCCAUCAAACGAGUCCGGGGCAAGACUUGCUUGCCUCCUGAUGUUCUCCGGUGGAUGGAACUAGCUAAACUGUACCGGUCAAUUGGGGAAUAUGAUAUCCUCCGUGGCAUUUUUAGUAGUGAGUUGGGAACAAAACAGGACACUCGAAAUGCACUAUUAGCAGAAUCCAGAAGUGAUUAUUCUCAAGCUGCUAAGCUGUAUAAUGAGGCUUUAAAUAAACAGGAGUGGGUGGAUGGUGAACCCACAGAGGCUGAGAAGGAGUUUUGGGAACUGGCAUCCCUUGACUGUUACAACAACCUUUCUGAAUGGAAAGUACUUGAGUACUGUUCGACAACCAAUAUAGACAGUGAAAACCCUCUAGACUUAAGUAAAAUGUGGAGUGAACCGUUUUACCAGGAGAUAUAUCUCCCAUAUGUGAUCCGAAGCAAACUGAAGCUCCUGCUUCAUGGAGAAGGCAACCAGUCCCUGCUGACAUUUGUGGAUGAAGCCAUGCACAAGGAGCUGCAGCAGACAGUCCUGGAGCUUCACUAUAGUCAGGAGCUGAGUCUCCUUUACAUCUUGCAAGAUGAUAUUGAUAGAGCCACUUACUACAUUAAAAAUGGCAUUCAGAUUUUCAUGCAGAAUUAUUCUAGUAUUGAUGUCCUCUUACACAGAAGUAGACUUGCCAAAUUGCAGUCUGUGCAGGCUUUAGCUGAAAUUGAGGAGUUCCUCAACUUUAUAAGUAAACAUGGUGAUUUAUCAUCUCCGGGUCCCCUUAGGCGACUUCUAAAAACCUGGACAAGCAGAUACCCAGAUGCUGUGACAGACCCAAUGCACAUCUGGGAUGACAUCAUCACAAAUCGCUGCUUCUUUCUCAGUAAGAUAGAAGAGAGGCUGACUGCUUCUUCAGGUGAUACCAGUAUGAGUGUGGAUGAAGAUGAAGAUUCCCUUGACAGGAGAGAAGUGCAUGAGCCAAAGGAAGAUGUUCGCUCCAUGAUCCAGAGCUGCAGGUUCGCCCUGAAAAUGAAGAUGAUAGAAAGCGCAUGGAAGCAGGAUAAUUUCUCGCUCGCCAUGAAACUCCUGAAAGAGAUGCAUAAAGAUUCAAAAACAAGAGAGUCUUGGCAAGUGCAGUGGACACAGAGUUACUGCCAGCUGAGCCACAGCCGGAGCCGCGCCCAGAGCUCUCGGGAACAAGUUCUCACCGUGCUCAAAACCGUCCCACUGUUGGAUGAGAGUAAUAUGUCAAGCUACUUAAACAAAAAUAUCCAGGCCUCUUGUAACCAGAACAUUCUCCUGGGGACAACUUUCAGGAUCAUGGCUGAUGCUCUCAAUAGGGAGCCAGCCUGCCUGUGUGACCUGGAGGAAACCAAGGCCACAUCAGUCUUGGCGCUUUCUGGAUCUAGUGCGGAAAGCACAGAGGAGGUAAUCUCAGGUCUGUACCAGAGAGCAUUCCAUUACUUCUCCAAGGCUGUGCAGUCAGCUGAAGAGGAAGACCAGCUUUCCUGCUGGGGCCAUGAGGCUGCAGCUGAGCAGGCCCAUGCUUAUAUGACACUGGUAGGUUUCUGUGAUCAGCAGCUCCGAAAGGUAGAAGAGAGUGCAUCCGAUUCUUCACAGAAGAGACGAACAGAACUGGAAGCAUAUCCAGCACUUGUGGUGGAGAAACUGUUAAAAGCAUUAAAGUUAAACUCUUCCGAAGCCAGGCUGAAGUUUCCUAGAUUACUUCAGAUUAUAGAACAGUAUUCAGAGGAGACUUUAAACCUAAUGACAAAAGAGAUUUCAUCUAUUCCUUGCUGGCAAUUCAUUGGCUGGAUCAGCCACAUGGUGGCCUUACUGGACAAAGAGGAAGCCAUUGCAGUGCAGCAUACUGUGGAAGAAAUUGCUGAUAACUAUCCACAGGCCAUUAUCUACCCUUUUAUAAUAAGCAGUGAAAGCUACUCCUUUAAACAUACUUCUUCUGGUCAUAAGAAUAAAGCGUUUGUUGAAAGGAUAAAAAGUAAACUUGAUCAAAUAGGAGAGAUUCAAGGUUUUAUUAAUGCCCUAGACCAGCUCACCAAUCCUGAUAUGCUCUUUAAGGACUGGGUUGGUGACAUAAAAUGUGAACUGGAGAAGAACCCUGUAAAUAAGAAUAAUAUUGAGAAACUGUAUAAAAGGAUGUACACUGCCUUGGGUGACCUUCAGGCUCCAGGCCUGGGGCCAUUUAGAAGGAGGUUCAUACAGGCCUUCGGGAAAGAAUUUGAGAAAAGCUUUGGGAAUAAUGGUUCUAAGCUGCCUACAAUGAAGCUCGAUGACUUCCGUAAUAUCACUAACUCACUACUUGGAAGGAUGAGAAAAGACUCAAAGCCACCUGGGAACCUGAAAGAGUACUCCCCCCAGAUGAGUGCAUUCAAAGGAAAUGAACUGGAGAUUCCUGGCCAAUAUGAUGGCAAGGGCAAACCAUUGCCUGAAUAUCAUGUGCGGAUCUCUGGAUUUGAUGAGCGGGUAAAAGUAAUGGCCUCUUUGAGGAAACCAAAGCGCAUUGUUAUUCGAGGCCAUGAUGAAAAGGAGUACCCCUUCCUGGUAAAAGGUGGCGAGGACCUCCGUCAGGACCAGCGCAUUGAGCAGCUCUUUGAGGUCAUGAAUGCCAUCCUCGCUCAGGAUGCUGCCUGUAGUCAGAGAAACAUGCAGUUAAGGACUUAUCGAGUCGUGCCCAUGACCUGCAGAUUAGGAUUAAUUGAAUGGAUUGAAAAUACCAUGACCUUGAAGGACCUUCUUUUGAGUAAUAUGUCUAAAGAGGAGAAAGUGGCUUAUAGCAGUGAUCCCAAGGCACCAAUUCAUGAAUAUAAAGACUGGCUAAUAAAAAUAUCUAAGAAAAGUGAUAUUGGAGCCUAUGUGGUAAUGUAUGAACGAGCUAAUCGUACAGAAACAGUCAUGGCUUUUAGGAAAAGGGAAAAUAAAGUGCCAGCUGACCUCUUAAAGCGGGCCUUUGUAAAGAUAAGCACCACCCCUGAGGCCUUCCUGGCGCUACGUUCUCACUUUGCCAGCUCUCAUGCACUGUUGUGUAUCAGCCACUGGCUCCUUGGUAUUGGAGACAGACAUCUGAACAAUUUCAUGGUAGCGUUGGAGACAGGCAGCGUGAUUGGAAUUGACUUUGGACAUGCAUUUGGAUCAGCUACUCAGUGUCUUCCAGUCCCUGAGUUGAUGCCUUUUCGUCUAACACGACAAUUUGUCAGUCUCAUGUUGCCAAUGAAAGAAACAAGUUUUGUGUGUGCUGUCAUGGUGUAUGCAUUGAGGGCUUUCCGCUCACGUGCAGAUCUGCUCACUGACACCAUGGACGUUUUUGUGAAGGAACCCUUCUUUUAUUGGAAGAGUGAUGAACAGAAAAUGCUGAAAAAAGGAGGAUCGUGGAUUCAAGAUAUAAGUGUAACAGAAGAGAAUUGGUACCCUCAGCAGAAAAUCCGCUAUGCUAAGAGGAAGUUAGCAGGGGCCAACCCAGCAGUUAUAACUUGUGACGAGUUACGUCUAGGCCAUGAAGACUCACCUGUCUUUGGGAGUUACAUAGCUGUAGCCCGAGGAAACAAAGACCACAACAUUCGUGCACAAGAGCCAGAGAGUGGACUUUCCGAAGAGACUCAAGUGAAGUGCUUGGUGGACCAGGCCACAGACCCCAAUAUCCUUGGCAGGACUUGGGAAGGAUGGGAGCCUUGGAUGUAAAGUCUGGGAGUCACCAGCUGCAAAGCAUUCCAUCCCUAAGGGGAUCUCCUAGACCUUCGCUGACAGCAGGGUAUUACUGAAGCACCAAAGAAAAGAAAUCUACUUGGUAGUGCUGGCAGGAUGGCUCACUGGGUCAAGGCAUUUGCUGCUAACACUAAUGACCUAACUUCAGUCCCUGGAACCCACAAGGUGGAAGAAGAGAAGCAACUUCUGCAAGCUGUACUUUGACCUCCACACAUGUACCAUGUCUUACAUUCAAGCACACAGAAAUAGACACACACACAAAUUUAAAAAUAAAAAAUGUGGUAUUUUUUCUUUUCAAA